GUUACCUCAUCAAAGUAUAAAAAAUCGCCACCGAAAUUGAGGAAGCGAGCGAUUCCUCGGUGGCUCCGCCGUCCGAUUCCCUUAUAAAACCGGUCGUAGCCAGCACGAAUCCGCCAUGAUCGGCGAAAGAUGAGCAGCGACACUCCCCUCCUCGGCUCCUCCUCCCCCUCCGACAGAAGCAACGCCGUCGCCGCUUCCGCCGACGGCGACGAAUCCAAAAACCAAACAUCCGUUCCGGAGAUGAAGAUGAAACCGGCGGAUAAGUCCGUCGGUGGGCGGUGGCGGUUGAGAGACGCGCAUUUCAUGACCUGGAGAGCUGGGGAUUUGUUCGGUGUGGUGAGGCAACACCCCGUGCCGUGCGCCUUCUUUUUGUCGGUGCUGUUCUUCAUGGGCGUGGAGUACACGCUCCGUAUGAUUCCGCACAAUUCUCCGCCGUUGGAUCUCGGCUUCGCUGUCACCGUUCCUUUGCAUCGCAUCAUCGCUUCCGCGCCGCUUCUUAAUACUCUCCUUGCCGCGCUCAAUACGGUUUUUGUGGGGAUGCAAACGGCCUAUAUAAUAUGGGCUUGGCUGAUCGAAGGGCGUCCAAGGCCUACUAUUUCAGCCUUGUUCAUGUUCACAUGCAGAGGAAUUCUUGGCUAUGUCACCCAGCUACCUUUGCCACAGGAUUUCUUGGGAUCAGGUGCGGAUUUUCCGGUAGGGAACGUGUCGUUCUUCUUGUUCUACUCAGGGCACGUUGCUGCCGCGGUGAUUGCGUCGCUCGACAUGAAGAGGUUGGGGAGGCGGAGGUUAGGGCUGGCGUUCGACGUUCUCAACGUGUUGCAAGUAGUUCGGCUCCUCAGCACGAGGGGCCACUACACUAUUGAUUUGGCAGUGGGAGUAGGCGCCGGCGUGCUCUUUGAUUCUCUCGCCGGAAAGUAUUUAGAAUGUAAGAAAUUGAACUCACAUAUGAGUAUGUGAAAAUGUGUCAAGAUUUAUUGAGUGGGGUUGGUAUCUUAUGGAAAUGGCAAAGAUACCCAAAACAAUUUCAAUUUGUAUUUUUGAUUAAAAUGAGUUUAAUAUGAAAUGAAAUUGUUGGGAGAUAUCAUGAAUGAAAUAAAGUCUCUGUU